CCUAGUCGAGUCUGGAAGAAGGCUUUGGACAGAACAGGAACCAGGUUCCGUGGGAGGGAACAGAGUUUGGGAGAGAUCAUGGCUAGAUGUCAACCACAGCCCCAGGUUGAAGAGAGGAGCCCCCAGCCUAGCACCUUGGGGUACUGCCUCCUAGAGGUGGUGGAUGAUGAAGUGCCAGGACCAUCAGGUGAUCAAUUGCAGAAGCAUUACAUGGUGGCCUGCUUUCUUUACUUGUCUCCUUGGGUAGAUCCUAGUACGCCUAAUAUCCUUUGCUGUAAAAGGAAGAGGGAGUGGUUGGACGAAUCUGAGGAGGAGUCCGAGGAGGAGGCAGAGAAGGAGCGCGCCCCUGAGCCUGAGGAGACCUGGGUGCUAGACACCCUGUGUGGGCUCAAGAUGAAGCUAAAGCGACGGCGAGUGUCACCCGCGCUCCCUAAGAACUACGAGGCCUUCAACACGCUGCUUGGUGAUCAAUUGCAGAAGCAUUACAUGGUGGCCUGCUUUCUUUACUUGUCUCCUUGGGUAGAUCCUAGUACGCCUAAUAUCCUUUGCUGUAAAAGGAAGAGGGAGUGGUUGGACGAAUCUGAGGAGGAGUCCGAGGAGGAGGCAGAGAAGGAGCGCGCCCCUGAGCCUGAGGAGACCUGGGUGCUAGACACCCUGUGUGGGCUCAAGAUGAAGCUAAAGCGACGGCGAGUGUCACCCGCGCUCCCUAAGAACUACGAGGCCUUCAACACGCUGCUUGGUCCCGGUUCGCCUUGGUUCCUUUGCCGUAAAAGGAAGAGGGAGUGGUCGGACGAAUCUGAGGAGGAGCCCGAGGAGGAGACAGAGAAGGAGCGCACCCCUGAGCCUGAGGAGACCUGGGUGCUGGAGACGCUUCAGGGGCUCAAGAUGAAGCUAAAGCGACGGCGAGUGUCACCCGUGCUCCCUGAACACCACCAGGCCUUCAACAGGCUGCUUGAGGAUCCUGUCGUGAAAAGAUUCCUGGCCUGGGACAAAGAUCUCAGGGCAUCCGACAAGUAUCUCCUAGCGAUGGUCAUAGCGUAUUUUAGCCGCGCCGGCCUCUUCUCCUGGCAGUACCAACGCAUUCAUUUCUUCCUGGCUCUCUACCUGGCCAAUGACAUGGAGGAGGACGACGAGGGCUCCAAACAAGCCAUCUUC